GCACCUGUUCUGCCCGGCGCGUCCUCGACAUGGCGCGCGGCCCUGCGUGGACUCGGUGGGCGCGCUCUUUAUGACAGGUCGGAGACGGGGAAAGGGAGAGUAGCGAGCGGCGAGCGAGCGUACGAGCCUGCGCUCGUGAAGGAGGGGGGGUCCAGCUGCAAAAAAAAAGAGAGAAAAAAACGACAUAACAAUGGCAGCAUCAAGCACCUCGUAGAUGGUGGAAAACAACUGAAGGCACCGUGAAUCGGGAAUACCAGCUCGGUCGACAUGACUCCGCUUUAAAAUCCCGGGCCAUCGUAUGGCGAAUGGAAUAGUUAAGGUCUCAAUUUGUUUCCUGGAAAACGAAGACUGCCGUAAUUUAAAAUGGAGUGGUAGGGGGAGAGAAGCGCGCUGUCUCCAUCAUUGAGAGGCGCGUCCACCUGCUCAUACUGGAAGUCCGGGCUUGGGGAAAACAUGGAGAAGUGCCUGUGUUGAAGGGAAAAGACCGAUUUCUGAUUUUGUCUGAACGGGAAAGGGGGAAGGGGGGGUCCCGGUGGCGAGGAAAAGGCGCAGUUUGGGUGCAUCGGGAGGUCGGACCAUGGUGGUGAUGCAUGGGAGGAACAGAAUCUGGCCAUAUUGAUGGAUGUUCUACAAGAAACCAACCUAGCUGUGCUGGCCCUCAACCCGACACAGAUCAAUGGAGUGGACGAAAAUGGAUCACAUGACCAGGGAGGGCUUCUAAAGCCGUAUGCUGCUGCACAUGCUGCCAUUCAUUUCCCCUUCUCAGCUGGCGUAUCGAGCACACAGAAAGGCAGUGCAGACUGCCAGAGAGCCACGCUGUCCACAAAGGAUCCCUGCACGCUGAAUCCAUCAUCCCCCCUGAGCCUGACAGAGGUUCCAGAGCCUGCUGCUGAUGAGUCCUCCACCCACGCCAUUUCCCUCACAUCCUGCGUCACCAAGGGGGUGAGUCCCUGGUCCCUGCCAGAAGACUGCGACAAGACUCCCUUUACCAUGAUGGAGCCUGGAGGCAUCUCCACCUUGACAGAGGAUUGCCUCAUGCAACCCAGCCGCACCUGCUUAGGGUGUUUUAUGGAGAGCAAAGAUGGUGCUGAUGCAGAACCUGGAAUCAGCCUGAAAAUGGGUGACGUGAACAGAGAGUAUGAUGGCUGCUCCAUGUCUGACAUGGGAAUGCAUGGCAUCAUGCCCAGUGAAGCCUGCCAGUAUGGAGACCAACUUCUCUCUGACCAACUCCUUGGCUUUCCAGUCCAUAAAGCCCAGGCAACAGAAAGGAGGGAUGUUGAGAAGUCUGAGAGUGACUCUGAGGAUCCUGCCUCCAAGAAUCUUUAUGAGGGCCUACUUCUGGACAAAUGCAAUGGAGAAGAGGCCUUACUAUCCAACACUGGGCAAGACUGGGGCUACUUUGAAUCCUUCAUUAGUGAGAGCAAAAUGGAGCUUCUCGAUCUCUGCUCCAAAAAUGAGCUUUCAGUGAAUCUCUUUUCUGAAGAAGACGUGGACAAUUACAUGUUCGACGAUGAUGAUGACGACUCCACACUGAGCAGUGAUGUGUGCUCCCUGAAGAUCCGUUAUGAGUCCUUCCAGGACAACAUGCGAGAAAAGACAAAUGUUCUCCAGGAGGAGACCCAGUUCAGUUUCUUUCCAAGUGUUCUUGUCAACUGCACUAAGAAAGAUGGUGGGGUCAUCAAGAAAAAUGUGGAAGGACUACAGCUCAAAGGAGAUGAAAUGCAUCCUGUGGGACCUGACAGGAAAGGGGACAAGAAUGUCUGCCCUACCAAUGGGACACCUGAUGGGAGUCCAAAGAGAAGCUAUAUAUUUGACUUCAACAACUCCACUGAAGACUCAGGGGAGUACAGUGAUGACAGCUCUUGCACUGGCUCCUCCUCUGACACUCUUCGAGAGGCUAAGGGAAGAAGCUGCUUUUUCUCCAGGGAGAAGUCAUGCUCCUCCAGUCAGCUAAAUUAUAGACUGCGAGCUAAAAGGAAAGUCAGAUACAGCGAGGAUUACCUGUACGAUGUGGACUCAAUCGAGAAUGAGAAAAAUGUUGAGAAACGUGAGAAGCUGCCCGUUGGUCCAAAGGAGGAGGAGGAUGAUGACUGGUGCCCAAAAAAGAGACGAAAAUCCUCCCGAAAGGAACCCCCAGUCAUUAUCAAAUACAUCAUCAUCAACCGGUUCAAAGGAGAGAAGCACAUGCUGGUGAAGUUGGGUAAAAUUGACCCAGCAGUUCUGACAGUGAACUUAACUGAGGAUGCAAUGAACCAGUAUGAGAAACUGGCCCCUCUGAAGAGUUUCUGGCAAAAGAGACAACAGGACAUGGAGGAAAGACGUAGGCUGGUCGUGCGUGAUAAACAUCAUUUUCGACUGAAUGGUCGCAAUCGUCCCUUCAGUUUGAGUCCCCCUAAACGGAAAUACAAGAUAGCAAACAGGCUCAGGAUUCAGAGAAUCCAAGCUGUGGAACAAUCACCAAGCAAGCAGGGAGGCAGCACCGAAGACGAUGCAACUGUUACAGGCGUGCCAUUAACUAUAGCAACCUCCAGCCGUGCAAGUACGAUAGCCGCAAAUGACAUCACACACACUAGCACACCGAACAGCAGAUCGCAAGAAAGGGAUGACAAGAGAAUUGGAAAUAAAGUAGUGCGUAUACGGAAAUUCAAAAGUGAGGCACGGCUGAGGAGCAAAAAAAUGAAAGACAUGGAAGAGGACAGAAGCAUGACGGACCGAGCGGAGAUUUGUGCUGUAUUACAAAAUCAGGACUCUGUCAGGAGUGUGAAGGAUGAAGCAAUGGACUCGGCUGCAAGCAGCCCCCAUUUGUGUGAAAAUCACACUGCCAAUGCCUCUAAAAAAUCCACUUUUGUAUCAGCCACCUGCUCUCCUGACAAAACCACGCCAUCUGUGAAUGUGGCUACAAGUGUACCAGUUGUCCCCGGAGGCUAUCUGCAGACACUGUUAGAUGCAUCAGAUACAUCGAGUAGCACCGGAAUUUCUUUCUUCCCCCAGCAGCCCCCCAGGCAGUACCCGGUUGGUCUUUCCCAGGAAGAGAAGCAGUUCACUUCUCUGCAGCUUGCCCAGAGCUGUGUCCUCUCUCCACCCUCUGAAUCCGAACUCCAGCAGUCGCCUCAAAACUGCCAGAUUGAACCAAAUUUCACCCAUAUGUGGCAUUCGCAGCUCGGCCCCAGCCAGGCUCCAUUUGCACCUGACAUUCCAGAAACCCCCAUUAUGCCUAACAGCUUUUCUGGCCCCUUGCCUGUGCCAAUGGCAGACAACUUGUCUGUCUCUGGAUACAGCCAGCUGAACUUGGACAGCAACAGACUGCUGUAUGAGAAGAAUUAUUUGCCGGAGCAGCCCCUGCCGUCCGAUGCCGAUUAUCAGGCGUGUCAGGCGCCGUGUGGGGAGGGACACUUACAGUUGCAAAGAGGAACGCUGAAUACAGACAACGGCAGGCUCAUCAGUUUUGACUCAGUGGGUUCGUUGUCAGCUACUUCUAGCAAUUACAGCUCUCUGAGUCUAAAGUCCUGCGAGAAAGAUGGCGAAGAUGACAUGAACGAUAACUUCUUGGCCCACUGCAGCCCAAAGCUGGUGAUCCAGCAAAGUGUUGACGCAAUCACACCCCUGAGGGAGUCGACGGAUCUGCUGGAUAUCUCCAACUUUACUCCCGAUAAAUUUCGGCACUCAUCGCUGUCAGAGAUGUCCCCUCCGGAUACCCCCAAUUUGUCGCCCCAGGUGAUGGGCCCAGAGAUGAAAGGAGGGGGAGUGGCUAAGACAUACCAAGAAGCCCGUGAAAUGACUCUGGGUGGUACAUCAGAGAUGAAGUGGGACUGCAACCUCAUACCACAGCAGGAACACCAGGCUGCCACACUCACAGCCAACAGUCACCAGUUCCAGUUCCACACCUUCAAUGAUGAUGAUGGCAUGGGACUGAUUGAGAAGGAUGCUAGCGUGGGGAACUUUGAUGAGCAGGGUAAUCAAAUUGUGAACUGUGCCAAAGGUCCAAGGUCAAAAAAGAAAAUCACCAGCAAACAAACUGCAGGACAGGGCUCCUUCCCAGAACAGAAAGGUACAAAGAAGACGAAGGCUCCGAAAACAGCUAAGGCAGAGAAAAGCAAGACCCCCCGGCAGAAUUCUCGGUCACCUAAAAAGUUAAAGAACCCACCUGAUGGGAAAACCGGUAAAGGUCAGGCAGGGGGGUCCAGACUGCCCCCAAGAGCUCGUAACCUGAUAGACAACAUGGGAGCUUCUGGUGGGAACCUCAUGGGGGUGUCAGGGGAUUGGCCUUUGGUAAAGGACCCCAGCACGGGCUGGUCUGAUAGGAACAACCUUCUAGAUGAUGACCAGCGAGAAUUUGAGGAGCCUUCCAACAUCUUAUCCAACAUCGCUUCCGGCAUGGCCGAAGUUCAGCGGUUUAUGAUGGCCUCCAUCGAGCCACUAUGGAGUCCUGCAUCUGGGGCCUGCCAGCCCCCUGAGGCUAACAGCCUUAAGUUAAAGACACUCAAAAUCCUGGCAGGGACAACACCAGACUCCAAGAGGAAAGGAGCCACCUCGCCGGGAGUGACCAAGGGCAGGAAGUCCACAGGCAAGGCUGGUAAAAACCAGUCCAAGUUUAAUGCCUCACAUCCCUUUUUCCCCCAGCUCGCACUAGGCUGCAACAUGUUCGAUAAACCUGCCCUAGGCACCCCAAGCACCAAUGGUCCUGCACACAAAAAAAUGUACCGUCACAAAACCAGUGCAAAAUUCCCCCGGGUGGAAAACAGUAAAGGAAAGCGAGCAGAGCGAGACCCAAGUAAGGACUUAGCAUUGAUGGCCUCUUAUGAAAAACUGAGAAUAUGGGUGUCCUCCAUGUCAAAGUCAGUCUACACUCUGACUUGUGUCAUGAGGGAGAACUACUCCAUCCUGUGAAGAUCCAUAAUUAUCCACCAUUACAGACCAUAGAUCACUCAAGAGUGCGGAAAAAUGUCUUAAGGAAGAUUUUUUUUUUCUGAUGCAAAAAGGGAACAUUUUUAUGUGGAUUAUAUCUCUAUCAAUCAUCCACCAUCUAUCUAUCUAUGUGUGUUUGUAUGUGUUUGUGUGUGAGAUUACCAUAUUGUCUUAUUUUUAUUCUUAUACGUGGAAUGAACUUGUCAUUUGUUUUUUUUUUACCCCCCGAGGGCCCGAGUGGAAACAGAGCCCGAGACGUUCAGUUCUAAACCGAAAAUAUGUCGAAUAUUACUUGCAAAAAGGCUCUUACUCAUCUUUCAGAGUACGAUUUUUGUUAAUGCCAUUGUACAGAAACAUAUGCACUAUCGGCAAAAAAAGGAUUAUCAUAAUACUGAAAUUAAUGUGCCAAACUAUGAACAAAUAUCUGUACAGACAAUUUUCUAUCUAUAUGAAUAUUGGCUGUUCUAUUUUGUAACACUUGAUGGAGAGCUGACUUUCGAAAGAAGUUAUAUUUUGGGACCCUCUCCGCUGGCGAGCACCUGCAGCUAACAGUGGUAUGCUACCGCACGCUCACCUUACCAAAACAGAAAGACUCUGAUCUUUUCUCUUUUUUGUUCACUAAAUUCAAUUUACCUCAACAUCACCCGGCAUUUUGAAGCUAAACGAGAAGCGAAGAGGGACCUCGUCGAAGACUCAAAGGACAAUGAGAGAAUGGGCGCAGGAGAAGAGGUUUGAGAGGCAUCAGCCGCAUCUUUUGAGUAAGUAUGAUGCCAGCGGUGUGUUUUUCCUAAUGCUUAAUCUCCCCAGCCGUGAUACAGGUUUGAAAAACAAGGUCGUGCAAAUGGAGCUCAUCCUUGUGAGAUUGACUCUGACUUGCCUGAGCUUCAAGGACCUGGAUAGAGGGAGAACAUGUUCACUAUUCAUAAACUCUGAAUUGACUUCACAAUGCAAAAAUAUUCCGUGUGACUCAACAGUUACAGCUUGUUUUUCUUAAACAGACAGGCCUUCUUUAACUUCUUUGACAACCUGAGGCUUGUGAAACCUUUUUGAGAAAAAAAAAACUGACAAGUUUAAGGAUAUAGUCAGCUCUCUGUUUUUCAGUCCUUAAUAAAAGAUGCACCAAUAGCAGAAAAAUGUCUGAUUUGUAGGAGUUCAGUGCUUCUUUCUCAAAUGGCAUUGAAAAACAAUCAUGAAACGUAACUUUUGUGUUUUGCAGUGGUACGGCCCAAGGCAAAUCUAUUUACAUAUAUAUGUGGAAAUUUUAUAACAAGUAGGGAAAUUACCAUUUAUUUGUUAAAAAAAAUAGAUAAAUGGAAAAGGAGCAGCCCAUAAAAAAGCUGAAAAUUAAACUCUCUGAUAUGUUAAUUAUACAUGCUGUCAGCAUUAAAUCUAGACAAAAAUUAUUAGGGGGAGAAGGGUGCAUGUGCAUCAGCAGUCUCUGUUCACAUAUUGUCUUCAGCUGUUUGUGUUAAUUAUGGUGUUUUGUGUAAUAUGCGCCCUUUGCACGCCUCGCUGCACAGCAAAGGACACUGGUGCAGGGUCUGCUGACAGCAGACACAGACAGACAUACAUAUACACACAUACAUACAUACAGAUGCACACCUUUGAUUUUAGGAUUUAAUUUGCAUUCACUGGUGAAUGAUAGGUACUCCAGUUGUGUAGUUAUGCUACUGUAGAAGCUGAGUUGUUUUGAGCUAACUGUAGCAUGACUUGUUAUGGAACAGGGUAACUGUUUCUUAUUAUUGCAAUUACUUCCGUGCUUUUGUCCUGUGAUACGCUAUAUUUUGUGUUUGCUUUGAGACGGCUGUGCUUAAGGCAUUGUAAUGCACUCUUUCACUUAAUUGUUUUGCACAGUUGUAGACUGUUUUUUAUUUUUAUCGAUAACCUGUGUUGGCCCGUUGCUGACAUGGUGAACUUGCUGAUGUUUUCACCCAAUUAACUGCUUUCUGACAAUUGCAACUCAAAGCAUGUGGUUAAGCACAGAAAUACACUGUGUAGAUACUACAAAAAAAAAUACACUUUUUACCCAACUUCAGCCAUAAUCACCUCUAAAGUGGAGACUGCACCUGCUCAUAUGGUCUUAUUAUAUUUAUUAUAACCCUCCCCAACUAAAGUGGAAAUUAUAUAACCCUCCCCAACUGAAGCAGGAGUUGCGUAACCAAAAGUAACAUAACCCUCCUAAACUAAAGCAGAAGGUUUCACAAGCAUAUCUACAAUAGAGAAAAUUAUUUCCCUCCACCAAUGCUUGCAGUUCACAUGCUGUCAUUUUUGUUUUGUUGUCCUUUAUUGUUUCGUUCUGCUCCUUAGCUGCUAAAAAGGAAGAAAUCAUUUGCGUCACUCUCGAUUGUUCCAGCUGAUCUGGCAAAAGGUCACUUCCCAGCCUGGCGCGGUUAGCGCGGCGCAGGGAAGAGUAAAAACCACUCGGGCGAACCAGCGUCCGAUCAGACUCACUAGCUGACCCCGUAUCAUGUCUCCCGGCCAGGUCUGGGACCAGGAUGAGCCGACAGUGUGACGGAACGCGGGGGCGGCCCACCUCCCCACUGCCCUCCUCCUUUCAUUUCUGCCUAUUGCCAGUUGAAUGUACUUUCCGAUGUAAAAUUUUGUACAAGGUACCACUGUUGAGCUGCUGUUUCUUAAUGGUGCUAACAAAGCAAACACAGAAACAGGAAAAAAAAGAAAAACUUUUUCCAAAACAUGACAAAAAAAGUGAAGAAGAAUCAAGCUCUCUCUGUGCCCUCUUUACGAAUGUAUAAUAUACUGUUAUGUUAUGUUUGAUGUACUUACACCAUGGUUUUGACAUUAAUUGGAAUUACUUUUUGCCUUUUCCGUUGAAAAGAAUAUUCAGCUUUAUAAAUAUUGUCUAGAGUUGUUACCAGAAGGAUUCCUAACAAACUCUUGACAUUAUGAAAUCUUGUAUAUUUUUCAGUGUGCCAAUUUGUAACAUAUUUUGUAAGUGUAUAUUUUUCUUAGAAAGUGCUGUGAAGUAUUUGUGUGUGUGGGUAACCUUUUUUGCGCCUCUGUGGGCAGUGAAAAGGAUGUAUAAUGACAGGUUUCUGGUUUUAAAAACCAAAAUACAAACAACAAAAAAGAAAACGUAAAAAAUCUAUAACUUUUUGUUGGGAGUUUUGUAAUAAGACCGAUCUUGUUGUGAGAGUGUAGUGCUAUCGUGUAAAAAAAAAUUUAAAAAAAAUAAAAAACAUAAGCAAACAAAAAAGAAAACCAGACGAAAAAGUUAUACAAAGUUUGUGAUCUCUUUGCUGUUUUAUAGAUUUUCAUGUAAAUUAUUCUAGUAUUAUUUUGUUUUUGUUGUAACUGUUGCAAAGGUUUUAAAUAUUUGUGAUCAAGCCUGUAUGGUGAUAAUGUUAUAUUGGUAACUUGCUGAGUUUUGUAAUAAUGUUUAUGGAAUAAAUAUACAAAUUAAAAUAAGCUUUUGAAUGCU